CAUUCAGAUCAAAUCUGUGCGUAAUGUGCCGCCGCCUUGAGCGCACAUUGUCUUCUGUGAGAGGUUGAAACGGGGCAGGGUAAAAAAGACCCAGCAGGCUGCGCUUUUAAAAGACCCGAGGAGACUAUAAAAGUGGUUUCAUGCCCGCUGCAGUCAAGGCUCAGCUCGCUGUGCGCGCACAGACAGACGAGAGGAGGUAGGCAGAGCAGAUAGACGCACACACACACACUCACACACACACACACACACACAGCACAACUCAAGGUUUAUUUCCACAUGUCGGCUCUCUGUCACAGGUAGAGACAAACGAGAAGUGGGAGUUUAUGGGGCUGCGUUUUUCUUUCUUUAGUUCACUCAGGGUUUUAAGUCAAAUAACCGAGUGUCAGACUCAGUUUUUGGACUCUUUAGUGACUAGGAUGCGCGUCUUCUCCAGCAGACCCGGUGCUGUUUGACACUUUUCGCCAGCCCCCCCAGCUCCCACCAACCACCACCACCACCACCAUCCCUCUUCGAGCUGGAUUCACUAACCGGUCUGUUUUAUAACCGGGGGGAAGUUGGGCUCAUUUAAACUUUUCUGGCUGUACUUUUUUUUUUAAUGCCACGGAAAUGGGACCGCGCCAACGGGAGAGCGUGUCCGCGCUUUGCAGGAAAAGUUUGCUUUGGACUGUGCUGAUACUGUGCCUGACGACGUUUGUUGACGGGACCUGGAAGACCGGACUUUACAAAACCUACUCAGCCGGGACGCAGACAGCAGCCUCUCACACCUCAGUGUAUCAGAAAAGGAACUGGUGUCCUCAUACGGUCACUAAGACGGUGACAUGCCAGGUGCAGAAUGGGACAAUCCUCCAGCGGGUUUACCAGACAUGCCGCUGGCCACAGGGAUGCACAGGUGGCAGCUACAGGACUGUGGUCAGACCUUCCUAUAAGGUGGUGUACCGCACUGUGACCUCUCUGGAGUGGAAGUGCUGUCCAGGAUUCAGCGGCGCCGCCUGUGAAGAAGAUGCAGGGAAUCAGCUUGUAGCUCAAGAGGCUCUAAGGAAACCAUCCACACUACGCCGUCCUCCUGCACGCACUGGAGAGCCAGCCAUGAAUUGUCUGAACUGCAGUCAAAUCACAGCUUUGACUGACAGGCUGAACUCACUGGAGACGAAGGUGCAAUUAAUUUCUGCCCCGGCCUCCGUAUCACAUCGCCACCUUCAGGGUAAAGGAGGAACUGUACCAGAAGCCUCAUUACUGAUGGGGGCUGUGCCCGCUCAGGGAGCUCCUGGUGAGCAGGGGCCUGCAGGACCUCAGGGUGAAAAGGGGAGAGAUGGGCUUCCUGGCAGAGACGGGAAGCCAGGGUCUCGAGGGCUGCCAGGUCCCAGCGGGCCUCGGGGGGAUAUCGGGACAAGGGGCCCAUCUGGAGCGCCUGGAUCGAGGGGAUCUCCGGGACCUGCAGGCCCACGUGGUCCACAAGGACUCCCAGGAGAGAGGGGUCUACCAGGCCCGCCAGGCCCUCCAGGCCCUCCAGCGCCAGCCAGUGCCCACAUCCCAGAGCCAGACCACACCCGUGGAAAAGACCCUUUCUACACCAACACUUUCCAUGACUCACGAGGGUUGCCUGUUCCAGGACCUCAGGGUCCCCCCGGCCCUGUUGGUCCCCCAGGUCCCAGAGGUCCAGUAGGACCUUCUGGCCCAUCAGGACAGAACGGUAAACCUGGAGCCCCUGGAACGCAGGGCCCUGUGGGGCCAAAGGGGGAACGUGGCGAGAGAGGUCCUUUAGGUUACCAAGGAGAGAGGGGCUUCAGAGGCGAGCCGGGUUCACCGGGUCCCAAAGGAGAGCCAGGGGAGAAGGGCUUACCGAGCAAUCUAAAUGGGGACGGAAUACAUCAGAUCAGAGAGGCGCUGAAGAUCUUAGCCGAGAGGGUUUUAAUCCUUGAGACUAUGAUCGGUAUUCAUGAGCCUGAUCUAGGGUCUGGGGAUGGACCAUUUGGCACAGCCUCCCCUAGUUUCUACAGAGAUAAGCGAGCAGGUGCGCUUCCAUAUCGACUUGCUUCUCCUCUGUCCUCCGACACCAAGGUUCGAGGGAAGUAGCCCCCCCUCCACCUGCUCACCCUGAGGAUCACAGGCUGGGUUGACUCCCCCCUCCUAUAGGUCUCAUCGGCACUCAACAGAUUUAGACCUUAUCUGAUACCCACUGUGGGCUUUAUCAUCAGAUUUAGGAUGGGGGAAACCUCAGGGAAACUCCACUGAUACUCCACUAUGUCCUCCACCAUCGGGAACCUGAGAACUAGUUUGACUCCCCCAAACCAUCGCCAUAACCAAACACUUACCUUUCCAUAACACACCCAGCAGCUCCUUCUGUGUCUCAUAUGUUUGGAAACAGAACUAAAGCUUCAGAGUAAAGAAAAAAGGAAAAUCUGAAUCUCCUGUGGUGCUUCUGGAGCUAUAGAGAGUUCUGGGCAAUGAGGGUCAUAUAGAGUUAUCGAUUCAUGGAGAAAUCAGAUGUGAGGAAAUAGACUGGAUUUGAGUUUGUAUUGCUUUCACAAUGUAACUGCAAUCUGAAGAGAUUCCACUAUUUAAGUAUAUUGCGCAUGUACAGUUUACAGGACACAAGUACACAAACAAACCUCUUCUUUUAGUAUUAAUUUUGUUAUACUUCUAUCAUAUUGUUUAACUCAAUGUUAUGUAGUGCACUAAAAAGAUGAAGUCAUCUCCACUCUAACUGAGAUAUGUGUUGCUAACAGUGAUUUGUAGUUUUCUGGUGUGAGUGCCCCCCUUUCCCCCUUAAAGUACAGACUGACAAAUCGAUUUAAUAAAUUUUUAUCUUAUUUACAUUUACAUCUGUGCAAAAAAAAAAAAAAGCACCAACAUUUAAAUUUGGGUUUGUUGCAUCUUAACGAAAACUGUCAAAGUAUACAAAAAAAAAA